CAGACGCGCUGCCCGGAGCUCUGAAAAGUGGGAGACCUGACGUCCACCAGUCACACCAAAGUCUAACUCCGGCAGAGCGCGGGCCGGGAGCACGGGUGGCCCAGCAGCGAACCACCGCGGAUUUGCGCUACACUCUUCACACUGCGAGAACUGGUCGCAGAUUUGCCGUUCACUGGUUUUUUUAUCCCCCGUUCAUUCCCCACCCCCCACCCACCAUGAACUUUACAUGGAAGACCGUGGACGGCUGUUGCUGACGUUUAAUUGGAGUUCAACGCUUUGCGCUAGAUCGACCUUGUGGAUUAAUGAAAUCCGGCAGCGUUUACUGCAGGCGACAGUGGGCAUCCUUUUACUGUGGGGGACGUUAAGCAGUUGACCAGAGAGUUCUGCAGAGGCCGGCUCCCCCACCCGCAGGUGAAGAUGGGAAGCAAAGCGCUGCCGGCGCCGAUCCCCCUGCACCCCUCGCUGCAGCUGACCAACUACUCCUUCCUGCAGGCGGUCAACACCUUCCCCGCCACCGUGGACAGCCUGCAAGGCCUGUACGGCCUGAGCGCCGUGCAGACCAUGCACAUGAACCACUGGACGCUGGGCUACCCCAACGUGCAGGGCCUGCGGUCCACCCUCACCGAGAUGGCGGCGGCCCAGAGCCUGAUGGACGCGCGCUUCCCCUUCCCGGCCCUGCCGUUCGCCGCCGCCCACCUCUUCCACCCGAAGCAGGGCGCCAUCGCCCACGUCAUCCCCGGCCUGCAGAAGGACAGGCCGCGGUUCGACUUCGCCAACCUGGCCAUCGCCGCCACCCAGGAGGACCCGCCCAAGGCCGGGGAGCUGUCCAAGCUGACGGGGGGCCUGGGGAGCCCCAUGUCGGAGCUGAGCAAGCUGUCGCCCGACAGGAAGCCCAGCCGGGGCCGCCUGCCCUCCAAGACCAAAAAGGAAUUUAUUUGCAAGUUCUGCGGCCGGCAUUUCACCAAGUCCUACAACCUCCUCAUUCACGAAAGGACCCACACCGACGAGCGGCCCUACACCUGUGACAUUUGCCACAAAGCCUUCAGAAGACAAGACCACCUUAGGGACCACAGGUACAUCCACUCCAAAGAAAAACCGUUCAAAUGCCAGGAAUGUGGAAAGGGAUUUUGUCAGUCGAGAACUUUAGCUGUGCACAAAACAUUACACAUGCAGGAAUCACCUCACAAAUGCCCCACAUGCGGAAGAACCUUUAAUCAAAGAAGUAACCUGAAAACUCACCUUCUCACCCAUACAGACAUCAAGCCUUUCAGCUGUGACCGGUGUGGAAAGGUGUUCCGGCGCAACUGUGACCUGCGAAGGCACAGCCUGACACAUACUCCUCCGCAGGACUACUAACGGCUAUAACUAUUGGAGCCAAUGCCUCUUGUGGGGAGAGAAAAAAAAAACGUAUCGGCAACCAAAAUUAAAAACGAAAGCAGGACUAAAACAGCAACAAGAAAGUUUACCGGCAUCACAAACGGGACUGUAAGGACGGAUACAAAACAGAGCGAAGGACUAUCCGACUCUGCGGAAAAGAGUUGAUCGCUCGCCGUGUACAUACCAUGGCUCGAUUUCAGAGCUUCUGUAAAUAACUUUUUGUACUGUCCUUUUUUAUAUAUAAAACGUGUACAAAAAACUAAUUUUGGAAAUAUGCUAAAUGUAUUUUAGAAAUAAAGAAAAUCUACUAUU